UGUAAUAUUAAUAUGAUUAGAUCCAUUCAUAUAACAUACACAUCAUCCCCCCAAACUGUUCCCUGUCUUUUAGCAGUGUGUCAGAGCAGUGUGUAAUAUUAAUAUGAUUAGAUCCAUUCAUAUAACAUACACAUCAUCCCCCCAAACUGUUCCCUGUCUUUUAGCAGUGUGUCAGAACAGUGUGUAAUAUUAAUAUGAUUAGAUCCAUUCAUAUAACAUACACAUCAUCCCCCCAAACUGUUCCCUGUCUUUUAGCAGUGUGUCAGAACAGUGUGUACUGUUGAAGUCAUCUGAUUUCUUCAAAUCCACCAUACUUACAUUUUCAUUGUACAACAUGUCACUUAAAGUGUAGCCUGCUUUUACUAACAUUGAAUCCUUUGAAGAAUAAUGUACUCUUCAUUGAGCUCAAAAUUCUCAGUGGACAAACACCUAAAAUGUGGGUACAUAUAAUGGCUAGGCAGGCGCGUAUAGUUCAACACACACAGUCAACGUCAACGUGACCUUAAUAUCCCAUACGUUUCUAUACCGAGUGACUGCAAACAAGGGACAAACAAGCCUUUUGUGGGUCAGAAUGGAGAAGUGGGCAGGUGAUGGAGACAGUGAUAUCCCAGUUCUCAGUGAAAGGGGGAAGUCACCCGUCGACUAGUGAUACUGAACAAGAACUAAUAACAGGAUUUAGUAUAAGUGUUAACUUCUGAAACGAUGUCAACGGACAGGCAACAGCUGCUUUUCGAGGGCUUCUUGAAGAAAAGGAAAGAUACAAUGAAAAUGAAGUGGUCAACCUAUUGGUUCAGGCUCCAAAACACAACAUUAUUCUUCUACACUAAGAAACAUGGGAGUGCUUCACACCUAAGAGGCCUGUACUACAUCUACACUGUCCAGUCUGUGCGUGAGAUCCAGAGGGAGAAGCGGAAGCACUACGUGUUUGAAAUCACCAUGAAGAAUGGGAAGAGGAAAGUACUGGCUGCAGAGACAGGUGAUCUGAGGAGGGAGUGGAUUGGCCAGCUGUGGAGGGCCAUGCAUCUCUCAGGCCCAGGGGGCACAGACCCAGGCUGCAUACGACAGCAGGAUGUGAGGUCUGAUGACCUGAAGGUCAGAGGUUACUUCAGCACCUAUAACAGCUCAGAAUGUGACAGCAUGGCGGAACCACUGGGGGUUCAUCGACCCCUCUCUGCACCCCUCAACCCCUCCACCCCUGACCAAGACCUGGACCAGGGGGACAGGAGUACCCACUGCCUCUCUAGCCCCCUCACCCCUGACCAAAAUCUGGGGCACAGGGCUACCCUCUCUCUCUCCCUCACUGACGAGCUCAGUAGUGAGGAAGCCAUAUGCCAGAACACCAUCUCACAUUAUGGAGAGGAGGAUGAGGACAGUGUCCAUAGAUUUAGAAGGAAAUGUGAGGAGGAGAGAGAUGAAGAAGAGGAGGAAGAGUGUAAGGAGGAAGAGGAUCAGUAUGACUUUCUACCAGCCCCCCGGAACUCUGAGUAUCACAUCAACCAAUCAGAUGAAGACUUGACUGAUGGAGAGGACCUCUAUGACUUCCCACUGUCCAAUAAGAGGGCAAGUGACCGCCAAGAUUAUAGCGAGAUGACAGAGAGCAUCUAUGACGUCCCCAGUUCCCUAAUGAGGAGAAUGUCUGAACACACACUUGCAGAGCCUUACCCUGGAGGUGAGAUACUGGUGGAGGACAGGGGCCUCCUGGAUGACAUGAUGGCCAGUCUGGAUGGAGGGACGGUGGGCUGGAUAACAGGUGCUUCAACUGGCUCUGUGGAGCCCUAUGGGCUGGCUCAUCAUGGCUCUUAGGACUGGUAUAUAGUAUAGACUCUGGAUAAUAUAGACUGAAUGAGUUUUCCUCAUUCAAAUUGUUCUAUAAAGCUUGACGCAUUCUGUUCGAGAUUUAAAUAUGUUUACAUUUUAUGAAAAAAAUCUCAUUUGUUAUGAUAUUCUAUUCUAUUGACUUCUCUUUUAAUACAAUCUACUGUCAAGGAAAUACCAUAUUAAAUAACCAACUUUAUACUGUCAAAGUGUUCCACUUAGUAUAUAAUGUGAGGAGAGAGGUACUAUAGUAUUCAGGCAGACCCUAUCCUUCUUUUUUAGGAAGUAGAUCAGCUUUAAUACAUUGUGGCUUCUAAGAAUGUA